CAAAUUUAUAGCAACAACGGCUUUUGAGUAUAUCUUACUCUUACUUUUGAAGUAUAUAUACAUGUAUUAACUAUUGAACUCAAGGAUUUUGGAAAUUUUGUGGUUAACUUAUCAGCAAUAAAAAGUAAGUAAAGUUGUGACAAACUUAUUAACAAGCUUUUAUGCUUUUUUGUUUUUUAUUUUAAACAGUAAUAGAUUUUUUAUUGCGCAUUAUAUUCGCAUUUUAAAAACUGUGUUAUACAAUUGAAAGAAAAGAAAGUUGAUAUAAUUAUACAUCAACUGCUUCAAGAUGAAAUACACAAUUUCAAGGCCUGAAUAUUGCAAAAAUUUCCAAAAGAGUGUUUGAUUAAAUGUAAACAUAUUACUCAAUGAAGUUUAAUUGUAAAGUAAAUAAUAAUCUAGCGAAUUUCCUUUAAUCUUUUUUGAAACAGUAGUAGCGUGCAAUAUGGUGGUAGAAGAUGAAAAUGAAGAACCUGGGUUAUUUCCAAGGCUGCAUAAACGAACACAACACUCUAUCACAGUACACUGGACUUACAUAAGAGAUGACAGUGAGUAUACUCUCAUCACAUAAAUAUUACCCUCCUCUAGCAUAAAUAUUACCCUCCUCUCGCAUAAAUAUUACCCUCCUCUAGCAUAAAUAUUACCCUCCUCUCGCAUAAUAUUACCCGCUUGACACAAGGUUAAACGCCACUCUCUCCUAGCCUGCGGGCAAAUCCAGGACCCUCAAAGAAAAUAGUUUGCUCUUUCGUGGCUAUAGUCUGAUAUACUUAUUUCUAUCCAAGUUCUUUGUAGGACUGCAUGGCGAUAAAACAUAUAAUACUUUUUGUUUGUGGAAACACCACGUAAAUUUAUCACUGCAAAGCUUUCGAUCCGUAAGCCCGGAUCUUCAUCAGUGCUUAUAACUAUGAUGUGACUUGUUCAAUUUACAAGCCCUGUUAUAAACCAAAUUAAAGUGUCGUGAUCUGAUGGCUCGCGUCAUUUGAAAUUUAAUUUAUUUCUGUUUGUUCAGGUUGGAUGCCAGUCGAUCACUUUUUGCUAGAAUACAACAGUUCAAGUGAGCCAGAGGUAGAACUCAGUAUAAUUACGAAUAUUUCAACUUUCUUAAAAUAUUUCCUACCCUUGUGAGGGAGGGGUGUAAGCGGUCAAAUUACUUGACUUUUUAAAUUACGUUUUACGUUAUCUAAAAGCAGUGUUUGAAAUAUACUGUGUUUUCUCAUGAGUAAAUUCAGUAGCAGGUGUUCCUUCCAAAGAAUAUUAGCACAAUGGGAUACGGGGCUAAAUCCAUUAGGGUGAUUAAAGGGGUGCAAAUUGAACAGCGUCCCUAUAUUGGGCCCCUUUAAAUACUCGUAUUAGUAUACCUCUCUUACAAUGUUUCCCUGUGCUUUCCUAGUACCGGCAUAUUGAACAGCGUCCCUAUAUUGGGCCCCUUCAAAUACUCGUAUUGGUAUCUCUAUUACAAUGUUUCCUUGUGCUUUCCUAGUACCGGCAUAUUGAACAGCGUCCCUAUAUUGGGCCCCUUCAAAUACUCGUAUUGGUACCUCUCUUACAAUGUUUCCUUGUGCUUUCCUAGUACCGGCAUAUUGAACAACGUCCCUAUAUUGGGCCCCUUAACAAAAUACUCGUAUUGGUAUACCUCUCUUACAAUGUUUCCUUGUGCUUUCCUAGUACCGGCAUAUUGAACAACGUUCCUAUAUUGGGCCCCUUCAAAUACUCGUAUUGGUACCUCUCUUACAAUGUUUCCUUGUGCUUUCCUAGUACCGGAAUAUUGAACAACGUUCCUAUAUUGGGCCCCUUCAAAUACUCGUAUUAGUACCUCUCUUACAAUGUUUCCUUGUGCUUUCCUAGUACCGGAAUAUUGAACAACGUUCCUAUAUUGGGCCCCUUCAAAUACUCGUAUUGGUACCUCUCUUACAAUGUUUCCUUGUGCUUUCCUAGUACCGGAAUAUUGAACAACGUUCCUAUAUUGGGCCCCUUCAAAUACUCGUAUUAGUACCUCUAUUACAAUGUUUCCUUGUGCUUUCCUAGUACCGGAAUAUUGAACAACGUUCCUAUAUUGGGCCCCUUCAAAUACUCGUAUUAGUACCUCUCUUACAAUGUUUCCUUGUGCUUUCCUAGUACCGGAAUAUUGAACAACGUUCCUAUAUUGGGCCCCUUCAAAUACUCGUAUUGGUACCUCUCUUACAAUGUUUCCUUGUGCUUUCCUAGUACCGGCAUAUUGAACAGCGUCCCUAUAUUGGGCCCCUUCAAAUACUCGUAUUAGUACCUCUAUUACAAUGUUUCCUUGUGCUUUCCUAGUACCGGCAUAUUGAACAACGUCCCUAUAUUGGGCCCCUUCAAAUACUCGUAUUAGUACCUCUCUUACAAUGUUUCCUUGUGCUUUCCUAGUACCGGCAUAUUGAACUCCGGCCAAGCGAGAGAGUGUUCACAAUCAAUGACUGCACAGCAGGGAUUAAAUAUUGUCUAACUCUUACAUCAAUUGAUAUCAAUGGCAGAGCAAUCAGCAGAGCAAAGCCGCUCGUUGUGGAAACUUCAGCGCCUGUUCAAAGACCCGUCUUAAAACUACUGUAAGUGAAGUCUUUCGUAAGUUUGCAUGUUGAUCAGUAUGAUAUGUUUUCUGGAACAGAGUUGGAAAAAGUGUUUCCUACGGGUAAAAUAUCAACUUUUCAAAAUAAUGUGAAUAAUAUCUUUUUCAAUCUCCACUCAUUGAGUGUGAGUGAGCUUUUAGAACACAGGCGUAAAUACUAGUCAGUAGGAAAUAGGAAUAUAAAGCCGAUUCUGAAUGAACAUAAUUUUUAUAUUUUGCAAAAUUUCCUACUGACUAGUAUUUACGCCUGUGUUCUAAAAGCUCACUCACACUCAACGAGUGGAGAUUCAAUCUGAGCUUCCCUUGAGUGUCAAAUGAAUGCUGUUUUUGAAUAGUUGGAGUAGUCACAUAGUAAGGUACGACACUAACCAUCCAACUAUUCAAAAACAGCAAUGACACUCAAGGGAAGUUCAGAUUGAACCUCCAUGACUCUUUGAGUGUGAGUGAGCUUUUAGAAUAGAGGCGUUAGUAUUGAUUAGCUGGUGCAUUGUAAUCAUGAACUUAUAAACUGUUAUUUUCUCAGGCAUAAUGAACCAGGCGCUAUAACAUUUGGGUGGAGUAGACCGCAUGUGUUUGGCGAUGGAAAUAUCAAAGAAUAUGAACUACAGGUAUUUUUUUAUUACUGCAAUAAGUAUAAUCUCAUUCAAAACUACGUCACAACAUAUUACGCUCCCCGUCAAUGCUCAACUUUCUUAUUAUUGGCACAAAACUUACGCUGGUACAGACCUUGCAACAUUGUAUCAUAAAAUAUUACGUUAUUGCAGGUGAAUGGGAAAGAUUACGCAAAAAUCAUCUCAACACAAAAUGAAGUGACGUACACGGACUGCAGACCCCUCAGAACAUACACAUUUAGGUUAAAGGUAAAUCAAAUUUAAAACAGCGCAAGCGUCUCCCUGUCUGCCGUUGGACAGAGGAAAACAAUAGGGACUUUAAGAUUGACGUUUACGGUAAAGCGCUAACGGCAAACUUCAAAUCAAUUUUGAAAGUAAGGCCUACAGUUUCAACAGCUAAAAGUAGCUAAUUCAUUCUUCACUUUUAGUGCACAAGUUGCUCUAACUUUGAACAGCUAACAGUUGACUUCAAACGAGGAUUUGAAGUUUGCUGUUUGCGGAAACGAUAAUCAUAAGGUCUAGGCUAUAGAGAAUGCAUUGGCAUAUAGUGAAUAUUACAUACAGCACAUAAAUAGCAGCCUGUGUACACACUCAAACAAAUAUGCUUGUUUGAUAAAUUUUGAAAUAUUUUGGUCUGGACUUUCAUCCAAAAUUUUGUAAGAUGGUUUAAUUAUUGCUAACUUCUAAUAUAGAAAGUCUGAUUAAAAAUGUGUUAUGGUAAUGAUAAUAAUAUUUAAUCAGGAAGGUCUCACACUUGACAUGGUUUUCAGAGAGGUCCUCAAUCAUAGAUAUUAUGAGAGAGGUCUCAAUGACAAAUAAUCAAGUUAUUUCUAACCUUUAGGCAAUUUCCACACUGCCAGACUGCAACAGUGACUUCUCUCAUAUUCUUGAUGUCACAUGUCCUGGGGCCCUGCCAAUCACGUUGGAGCGUGCUCAUUGUCAUAGUGUUAACAAGGUCAAGGUCGCAUGGAACAGACCUAUAUGUCAGGGAGGGGCAAGAGUUAGAGAAUACAAGGUUAGUGGGGGGGGGGGACAUCCAUGAGGCAGGGGGUGCUCAAUAUGUAUUGCAAAGAGGGGAGGUAACUCACUUCAAUCACAUCUCCAGGGGGGAGGGGGUGAAUUUAGUUCCCUCCAGGAAGGUGGGAUUAGGCUGGGCAUUCCUAUGGGAUGCAAAUUUCUAAGGGGAGGGAGGGUGGAGAUUGACCCCUAGAUUUGUCUCAAUGUGGUUGCGGUGGAACAUUUGACAUACUUGACAAAGUCAGUAGACUGAGUGCAACUGUGGAAGAGCUAAUUCAGGAGGUGGGGUAAUCUUUCAGGAGGUGGGGUAAUGUUUCAGGAGGUGGGGUAAUGUUUCAGGAGGUGGGGUAAUCUUUCAGGGAUAGGGUAGACCCUAAUUCCAUUAUUGAGGUUGAAAGUUUGAUAUGCAAAUUUGCAUUGCUUGUUGAGAAUACAGGAUGCAGAAGUUUUUGGCAUAAAUCAUGUAAAAUCAAUAGCCAUGUAUACCAAACUAUUCAUUUUAAGUGAACCAAUUUCUUCUGUCAAUACAAAUAUUAAUAAAACUAUAUAAAUUCUUUCAUUUCAGCUUUAUUACCUCAAAAUGGAUGAUGAAAACCAUCGUCCAACGAAGGAAGAGAUCACAAAAGAUGAAACAAGCAUCUUACACACUCUGUCUCCUGGGUCUGUUGAAGACUCGCUGAAAGUUGAGCCAGACAAAUACUACUGGGCUUUCCUUGAAGCAGAGGUUGUGCCAGAUGGUUGUCCUAACAUCAUGACUCCCUCCAUCCAGUUACAUACGAUGAAGAAACCACCAGCACCUGAAAUUAGUGUUGAUAUUUAUGGCUUGAAGGAGAGACAGACGUUUGGGAAAGAAAUUGAUUAUCUUAUUGAUAAAAGAGACAGGUAAAGCCAAGCUAUUCAGAAAUGUUAAUGGAACAAGAAAAUCAAACAAACAAUAGAAAGAAUUAUCAUUAUUUUCCUAUUCUGAUACAAACUGUUGGUUGAAAAAUGAGGGUAAACUAUAAAAUGAACUCACCUUUUAAAAUGAAAUGCAUUCAAUAUAAAUUUUAUAUUCUCUUUAAAAAACACGUUAAACUGCAGCCAAAGUAAAGUUUUAUAUCUGUACAUUGUUAAAACCUUUACGUUACAAAAUAAAAGCAAAAAUACGCCUGUAUUUAACAAAGUUUGACGGCAAAAAAGAAACUUAUUUAAAUCAGUGAUUUAAAUUUGCCGCCAUGUUUUCUCGAAAUGGCCUGGGAACGAGGUUGGGAAUUUAUAUUCUCGUACCCAGAGCCCUUCUACCGUGCGUAAGGGCUCUGGGUACGAGAAUGAGUUUUUCUGUGCGUUUUUUCUUCAGAUUGAAAAGCAACAUCACCGCAUUGAACAACAGCGUUUUGGCAAAAGGAGAAAAAGUUCGAGACGAAGAGGUUGGUAGAUUAUUAUAUGGCCAGCAAAUAUCUGCAAACUCUGGGUAAGAAAAGUAUAGAAAAUGUUUAAAAAUUUUCUGAUUAUUUUUAGAUUCAGCGCAAGCGCGUGCUACUUCAUCGCGUAGAGAAAAGACUGAGGGAGAUCUUGAAUACGAUCAAUGAGUACACAGGUAAAUAAACUUUAUUUAUUCUGGAUAGCUUCAUCUAAACUAUUCUCCCUGGAGGCCCAGUAAGAAUCAUCACCUAAACUAAACUAACUUGAUUUAUUCUGGAUAGCUCUAUAUCAGUUCUAAACUGUUCUCCCUGAUCGAGUGUUACUACAGGAGGAAAAAUUCAUUUUCGUUUUUCUCUCUCAGGGACACUAUCACUUGUUCUGAAAAUAACUCCGCCAUGUUUUGACGUUUUCUCGGAGCCUGUUGGGUACCGGGUGUUGGUGAACAACGAAAUUUAUGCAAAUUUACCCUUGGAUACAAAAAAAUACUGCAUGAAGGUAUGGACAAGAACUAUGUUUCAGGCGCCUUCGAAAGUUAUCCACGCGCAUACCGAAAGAAUGAGAAUCAACAACCGCAGAAAUUCUAGUUCCACUUUGACCAAGCAAUACAAAUUGAUUCUUGCUUCCCCAGGAUUUUGUUCUGAACCAUAACAGCCUCAGGUUAUGUUUUCACUGUACGACUGUACCGAAUAGCUCUCCACACUUAUCCGAGUAUCCGUACCUUUUACGAACGCUAUUUUCAGAGAAAUUAUUGCAACGGAAAGAUGUUGUUUCACUCAGCGUCUGAAAGUUGUACAUUCCGUAUCGGAUAGGUGCUUUUUCGCUUCACUACGGAAAGUUAUCAGGUAUAGUGUACAGCCUGACCAUAGAUAUCUAUGAGCCUGACUCUAACUUUUGAGCUCCUUGAGAAUCAUAUUAUACCAACUUUGUUUGUGAGUAGAAAAUUCCCACGACGAAUCAAAUGUAGCUAGAAAGCAUCUCUCGUUCUUUUACUCUGUUUAACGUCAGAUCGAAUACCAUAUUUUAUGCACCUUUUUAUUGUCCCUAGCUUGGUGUGGAUGAACCGCUGUAUAAUAUAUCCGUAGUAACACUGUCCAGUCAUGCUGUUGGUCACAGCAAACCGUCAGAAACUGUCCAAGUCUCUUCCAUGGAAUUUCGACCAGUCAGAUUUUUCUGUUACUUCAGCAGUCAUAAUAAACACGGCAGGUAAGUUCAUUUCGAGUGCUACUUCUGGAUGAUCUAUAACCAUGCACAAUUAAGCAGUGAGUUCUGUACAACAUCAGAUCACUUUAGGAUUGCCCACAUUCAAGAACAUGUACUACUUCCGUAUGGUCUAACCAUGCUUAACUAAGCAGCGAGUUCUGUACAACAUCAGAUCACUUUAGGAUUUCCCACAUUCAAGAAUAUGUACUACUUCUGUAUGAUCUAACCAGUGAGUUCUGUACAACAUCAGGUAAUUUCAGGCCAGUCUACAUUAAAGAAAGUGUACUUCUCAACAUGAUCUAACUAGGCUUAACUCUGUCAAAUUACAGUCAGUUACAUUUGCGUGAAAUUUCUAUUUCCCAGCUGGCCCGAUAAUGGCGGAUGUUGCCUGGAAGACGCUCUGGAGUAUGAACGUCAAUACAGUGACAAACCUUAUCCCCAACGUUCCUUCAUCAGUGAACGCAUCCACGCACAAUCAUUUCAUGUCAUGGGAGUUUUUGAUGGCGUCUGGGAACCACUUGGGAAACAUUUUGAAAAGACUAAACCAACUGCUUUGUUGUUUUGGACAAAAUGGUAAGAUUAACAACACUUGCAGGUUUCAGGCUUUUUGUCAACAAGUAUAACAUACGCUUCCGGAAAGUACGUCACUUUGGCUACGGAGCCUCGUUCUCGUAAUGUUGGGGCUUUAACUGAUCUCACAUACAUGAAAACGAGGCUCUAUAUCCGAAAUGACGUACUUCCGGUAGGGUGUAUUACUAUUAACUUCUCUUUGUUGCUUAGAGAUGGUAUCGCUCUACCAUUGUUUAUAAAUAGUAGUCCACUUUGUAACUGUAAUAGGUUUGAUGAUUUCAAUAUGUUUGAAUUGGAAGAAAUUAUGAGACAAAGGGAGAGCAAAUAUCUUGUUGGUAUAUCCAGAUUAUGUUUAUUUUAUAUCUGUGAAAAUUUUAGGUGUGCUUCUUCCAAAAGAGUGAUGGAAUAUUAUUCCUCAUUUGCUAAAGAACACGGUACAGAGGUAUGAUGUGAAACACUGUGGUCUUUUUUAUCUUGACACUCAAUGAAGUAUUAUAUUAUUAUACCAUUACCAUCACCAUUACCAUUAUCAUCACCAUUAUCAUCAACAUCACCAUCACCAUUAUCAUUACCAUUAUCAUCACCAUUAUCAUUGCCAUUACCAUCACCAUUACCAUUAUCAUCACCAAUACAAUCAAUGUUUUAUCUUUUCAGUAUCAACUGUUGAGCUGCUGUGUAUUCAGUGAAGAACCAGUCACACAUCAUCAGAGUAAAGUUAUGGAAGUGAUGACCGACCAUAACUGGACCAAUAACGAGGGAAUCAAACACUUCUGCGCAUGUCAUCCUGGUCCCAAUUCCAAACUACGUAAACGUGACGUAGAGAACUCGUCAUUCGCCAAGUCUUACCGUUUGCUGGGUGUACCAACCUUGGUUCUCAUUGACAGCGAAGGUAUGUAGAUGAACUUCAGAAAUGAUGAUCACAUGCAUUGAAGCAAAAAAAUUAAAUUAUCUCUCUCAAUUCACCACAUAUAGUGAAAAGAAUUUUCAUUAUUAAUCACUAUCUGUAGUAGAAGAUCGUGGACAACCAGCAGUUAGCAGAAUGAAAAAAUAAUGUCAAUUCUUUCAUUAUAUUAUGCAGUAGUUUUACCUAUGGGAAUCGAUAGAUUUUAGUCUGCAGUAAUAAAUUUACGUGGUGUUUCCACAAACAAUAGCAUAUGUUUUAUCGCCAUGCAAACCUACAAAGAACUUAUUAUUUUAGUUUACUUGCUCAUUUAAGUGUCUGAGAGACCCAUUCAUUCAAAAGUAUCUCUUUUUUUAGGCUACGUGGCUUGGCAAGGACGAGUAUUUGCUGACAAUGCAGAAACAUUCUCCAAAUACCUUAUACAUACUUUCUCAGUCAUCACGAAAUCAGACUGUCCCAUAAAACACUGCGAUCAUUGUGACAGCGAGGUGUAUGGCUUCUUAUACAGUGAGAAAGAAAAGGCUGUUUUCACUACAAAAGAUUUAACGCUGGAAAAUUUCAACAUCAUGAUGGCAAAACAGAUCGAGGAGGAAAACCAAGCAGAACCGCGCAGGAAGAUAUUGGAAAGGGCUUGGGACUACAGCGGUGACGAGCGCGAAUUCCUAGACACAACUCGCUCAAUUGGAUCCUCCAAAAGUUACUCGGUACGAUUUUCUGAAGAUUGUUCCAUAGCUUCCCCGGACAGUCGGUUAAUGUCGACUACCACCAGUCGUUCAGGCACAUCACUCGCAAGUCGUUUAGAUAACAUCCAGGAAAGACCAAAAACUGGUUCAAUAACAUCGGCCAGAAGCCGAUCAAGCCCUGCAAAUCGUCUAAAAGGCAACAGUCCAGGUAUCAAUAACAGACAACCUAGCUCAAUGGUAUCUAAAGGGCCACAGAGCAGAAGCAAUUCAAAUUUGACUAACCCAGCGUCACGGAAUAGCAGUCAAGACGGUAGGAUAACACGUUCAAAGAGCGUGGGAUUUGAAGACAGAUCUAACACAGCUCAGUCGAAUCCAAGAACACCAAAAGGUUUCCGGGAAGAAGCAAGAACACCUUCGGAAAGAAGAGCUGUGUCCGCUUUGCCAAAUAUCGGUCGUGGACGAGAGAGAGUAAACUUGCCACCACGACCUAAGACUUCGUCUUCUAUGUACAGGUAAGACUUAGGAAAUGUUCUUCGAUGUGAGCUUGAAGGAAUCUGAUGUUGUAUAGAACUCACUGCUGUGAUAAGCAUCGUCAGAUCAUGCAGAGGUACAGAAGUAGUACAUGUUCUUGAAUAUGCCAGGCUAUCUUGAAGGAAUUUGACGUUGUGCGGAGCUUCCCACUGAGUUAAGCAUGGUGAGAUCAUGCAAAGGUAGUACAUGUUCUUGAAUGUGGGCUACCCUAGAAUGAUCUGAUGUCAUACAGAACGCAUUGUUGAGUUAGGAGCACUUCAUCUACACAAACGAUCUUACAGUAUGUGCAUCGCCUUGACAUCCGUCUUGUGUAGAAAUACGCGCGUUAGACGCACCAUGAAAUAAAUAUCAGGCAUGAUUUAUCCCGGAUCCAUUCCAUUGCCAGUACAGAUGACUAACUAUAGUUCGUCUGGAUAGUUUUUAGUGCGAGAGAAAAUAUCAUGUGGGUACGAGGUUGAUUUUCAUCCAGUCUCUUAACAAACAUUUCUUAACCUUCUAGAUCCAAACAAUACGACUGGGUCCAAAGCCGUUACUCCCGUGAUAAUUACGUGCCGUAUAAUCCAUACAGAGGGAAAAGCUACGCCAAAAAUGGCGCAGUGAUGACAUUCUACAGCAAGAGUGGGAAUAUUCCAGUGAAACCAUUUCCAAAAGACACAAGCAAACAUAAAAUUUCCUGGAAAUCUAACAUGGAGAUACCGAAACAAAAAGUGCCUUCACAUCGUGAGAUUAAAUACAUGAGGGGUGGAGAUAAUUAUGAAAAACGUUGAGUAAAUAUUGUAACAAUUAACGUUUAACUAAUUGCUACAAUCCUAUAAUGUAUGCAACAAUGACAGAAUAUUAUAAACUAUCACUUAUAAAUUAUGAUAUAAUAAAUUUAUAUAAACUUUAUUCACAAAUUUAUAUAGAGUUGCCUACAAGCAUAAAAAUUGUCAUAACUUAAAACUUAGAAAUAUGUUUUAAAUACUACACUUUGGCUACUAUACUCGCGUUGAAACCUAUUAAUUAAAUUAAGCAGCUUUUGAUGGAAAUUUUUUGAGUCUGAUACCUGAGCUUAUUGACAGAGUUGAACUGAAAAUGCAGGUUGUAAAAUAAAACUAAAUAACAUCAUCACUUGUACAGUCCAACAAAUUAAUUUCCAGUUUCACAAGACAUCUGUCAGGGGCCAGUUGUAUAAAGAGGCACCAUAGUUAGACUUCCAUUUCACUACGAUAAAGCAUAUGGUCUGUCAACUUGAAGAUAUGAUGGUCUGGAAGGCAAACUUCAAAGCCACAAAAAAGAAGAGCUUUGUUUGAUGUUGAACUGUACCUCACCGUACACAAAUCCUUUGUCUCAACUUCAUUAAAUAUUAUUCAUUCUGGUUGCACGUUUCAUCUCAGCUAUCCUUAUUGGACAGUUACUUCAUUAUACGAAAAUACAAUGAGCUCAAUCACCGUGACCAUGCACAAAUUAACAUAAACUCAGACAAAAACAUAAUACAAUGACUUGUGUUUAGUUUCCAGACCAACAUAUCUUGACAGACUAUGCAUAAAGAGUUUUAUACAACCAGCUCCAGAGACGUAGCUGCCAAUUCGCCUUAAUUGUCCAGUGGUGCAAGUGUACAACAGUUCUCCACUAUUUUGCUGAACUUUUCAGAACUCAAAAUUUGACGGCAAGAAGGAAGUUUACACUAAUAGAGGAAGAAAACUUAUAGAUACAAUUUUAAUAAUUUGAUUUAUUCCUACUUUAGCGGACCACUUGUUGGAAAUCCAAGAGGUCUGGAGAUGACUCUUUGACCUUCAAACGCAUGGUGAUCUCUGUGAA